AUGAUAUAUUUCAAUAAAAAUAAGUUUCAUUUUUUUAUGUCAUCAUCAUCAUCAUCAUCAUCAUCAUCAUCAUCAUCAUCAUCAUCAUCAUCAUCAUCAUCAUCAUCAUCAUCAUCAUCAUCAUCAUCAUCAUCAUCAUCAUCAUCAUCAUCAUCAUCAUCAUCAUCAUCAUCAUCAUCAUCAUCAUCAUCAUCAUCAUCAUCAUCAUCAUCAUCAUCAUCAUCAUCAUCAUCAUCAUCAUCAUCAUCAUCAUCAUCAUCAUCAUCAUCAUCAUCAUCAUCAUCAUCAUCAUCAUCAUCAUCAUCAUCAUCAUCAUCAUCAUCAUCAUCAUCAUCAUCAUCAUCAUCAUCAUCAUCAUCAUCAUCAUCAUCAUCAUCAUCAUCAUCAUCAUCAUCAUCAUCAUCAUCAUCAUCAUCAUCAUCAUCAUCAUCAUCAUCAUCAUCAUCAUCAUCAUCAUCAUCAUCAUCAUCAUCAUCAUCAUCAUCAUCAUCAUCAUCAUCAUCAUCAUCAUCAUCAUCAUCAUCAUCAUCAUCAUCAUCAUCAUCAUCAUCAUCAUCAUCAUCAUCUCAUCAUCAUCAUCAUCAUCAUCAUCAUCAUCAUCAUCAUCAUCAUCAUCAUCAUCAUCAUCAUCAUCAUCAUCAUCAUCAUCAUCAUCAUCAUCAUCAUCAUCAUCAUCAUCAUCAUCAUCAUCAUCAUCAUCAUCAUCAUCAUCAUCAUCAUCAUCAUCAUCAUCAUCAUCAUCAUCAUCAUCAUCAUCAUCAUCAUCAUCAUCAUCAUCAUCAUCAUCAUCAUCAUCAUCAUCAUCAUCAUCAUCAUCAUCAUCAUCAUCAUCAUCAUCAUCAUCAUCAUCAUCAUCAUCAUCAUCAUCAUCAUCAUCAUCAUCAUCAUCAUCAUCAUCAUCAUCAUCAUCAUCAUCAUCAUCAUCAUCAUCAUCAUCAUCAUCAUCAUCAUCAUCAUCAUCAUCAUCAUCAUCAUCAUCAUCAUCAUCAUCAUCAUCAUCAUCAUCAUCAUCAUCAUCAUCAUCAUCAUCAUCAUCAUCAUCAUCAUCAUCAUCAUCAUCAUCAUCAUCAUCAUCAUCAUCAUCAUCAUCAUCAUCAUCAUCAUCAUCAUCAUCAUCAUCAUCAUCAUCAUCAUCAUCAUCAUCAUCAUCAUCAUCAUCAUCAUCAUCAUCAUCAUCAUCAUCAUCAUCAUCAUCAUCAUCAUCAUCAUCAUCAUCAUCAUCAUCAUCAUCAUCAUCAUCAUCAUCAUCAUCAUCAUCAUCAUCAUCAUCAUCAUCAUCAUCAUCAUCAUCAUCAUCAUCAUCAUCAUCAUCAUCAUCAUCAUCAUCAUCAUCAUCAUCAUCAUCAUCAUCAUCAUCAUCAUCAUCAUCAUCAUCAUCAUCAUCAUCAUCAUCAUCAUCAUCAUCAUCAUCAUCAUCAUCAUCAUCAUCAUCAUCAUCAUCAUCAUCAUCAUCAGCAUCAUCAUCAUCAUCAUCAUCAUCAUCAUCAUCAUCAUCAUCAUCAUCAUCAUCAUCAUCAUCAUCAUCAUCAUCAUCAUCAUCAUCAUCAUCAUCAUCAUCAUCAUCAUCAUCAUCAUCAUCAUCAUCAUCAUCAUCAUCAUCAUCAUCAUCAUCAUCAUCAUCAUCAUCAUCAUCAUCAUCAUCAUCAUCAUCAUCAUCAUCAUCAUCAUCAUCAUCAUCAUCAUCAUCAUCAUCAUCAUCAUCAUCAUCAUCAUCAUCAUCAUCAUCAUCAUCAUCAUCAUCAUCAUCAUCACCACUGCAAUAUAAUCAAUUGA